AUGGACAAUAAGCUGCCAGAAGAGGUGGAAGCUUAUCUUGAGAAACUGGUCGAACGCCUCACGGUUUACCUGAAAGACCAGCUUGUCGGCGUGUACCUAUUCGGUUCUGCGAGUUAUGACGCCUACGAGCCUGGCCUCAGCGACCUUGACGUACAGGCUAUAGUAAAGGAUCAGCUUGACACCGUUGAAAAGCAGGCAGUCAUACACCAAGUGAACCAGGCUGCCUUGCCUUGCCCGGCUACAAAACUUGAGUUUGUGGUCUAUACUCAAAGUGCUGUAUAUCCAGCCAGCCGCCAUCCUCGUUUCGAACUUAAUUUGAACACAGGACCUCACCAGCCUGAUCAUAUCAGCCUUGAUCCCGCUAACGAGUCAAGUCACUGGUUUUUGCUCGAUAUUGCUAUUGGACGUGAACUUGGCCGGACCCUGCGCGGUCCUGAUCCUACCCUGCACGGUCCUGAUCCAACCGAUGCUUUCGGCGCUAUUCCUCGACGCUGGAUUUUGGAAGCUAUCGCGGAUUCGCUUGAUUGGCACCAAGCAAACGAAGUAAACUCGGUCAACAGUGUUCUCAACGCUUGUAGAGGCUGGCGAUUCAUCGUUACGGGCGAAUUUUCUUCUAAAUUAGACGGGGCCAGAUGGGCCAUACAACAACAGGGCUGUCCAGAUAUUGUCAGACGUGCCAUUGCAGCACGCAGAACAGGCGACAAACUCCCUGCAGCCGAGGUAAUGACGCUUUACGAUAUUGUUGUGACGGCCAACCGUGCCCAACUCGCGACAGAUAUCUAA